AUGCAGUUGGACGCGGAAGCGGGUCGGUCUCCGCCCAGCGACAGCGACAGUGCAAAGAAAAGAAAGCGGGCGUUGAAAGCCUGUGUCAUUUGCCAUCAGCGCAAAAUCAAGUGCGACCUCGAUUUCAAAGAAGAGGGCCAGCGCUGUACAAACUGCCAUGAGCUCAACCUCGAGUGCGAGCUGUACAAGCGCAAAAAGAGAAUAAAAAAGUUCCAAAUCCACAAGAACCUGUCUGACCUGCUGGAAAAGACGCGGAUUGAGACGCUCAAUUCGGUGCGUCUUGACCCUGUGGACCUGGUGCAAAAGAUCAAGCGGUCGCGCCACCAGGAGUACGUGCUCAAAAGUUUCUCCGACGCCGAAAACAAGCUUGUGUCGCGUCUAUUUGACGAGUAUCUGUCCAAUCAACAGGUGCCAGAUGUCAACGAUACCAUGAUCCCCAAUAUGAUUGCUCUGGGGUGCUUUAACCUGCCUCAGAAAUCCGUCUGCGACAGAUACGUGCAGGCGUAUUUCAAAAAAGUACACCCCAUAGUGCCAAUUCUCAAUAAGGAGAGUUUUCUGCGCGAAAACGCCAAGUAUACUGCGCCUACAUCGUUGCUACUGUUGCAGACGGUUCUUUACGUCGGGUCCAAGUUCGUGGAUCUGGAGGCGGACGAAACAAAGGCAACACAGUCGAAAAUCACAAACAUACUUUACAAUAGAGCCAAAGCGUUGUACGACCACGACUUUGAGCAAAACCCAACCAAUGCCUUGGUGUCGAUGGUGCUGUUCAGCCUGGCGUACGAGGACUACUAUUUCCACACCAAGUCGCUGUACUCGUGGCUGCAACUGGCGAUCUCCAAGGCCAACUCGCACGGCUUUUUCCAAAACGACAUUGGAGAGUACUCGGAGCAGGAACAGUGUCAGAUCCGUAAGAUUGCAUGGUUUCUCAUUUCUAAGGACACUCUGGUGUCGAUGAUCAUAGGAAAGCCCCGUCUGAUGAAGGUGUCGGCAGUGAAUAUCCCACGACUGUCGUUGGACGACUUUCGGUUCGACACAGACAUCCCGGACGUGAUCAAACAGUACACCAUAGAGCAUAUCAGACUGGCCGAAAAGUUCCCUGUCAUCGACAAGGAUCUGUUCAAAAGAACCAUUAACUCGCAGACAGUGAAACAGUACGAUCCGUUGAUCAGAUCGUGGUACGACACUCUUCCUCCCGAACUGAGCCCAGAAACACACACAGAAGCGAAUCCAAACUACCAUAGCUUGGCAAUUUGCAGCCAUUAUUACUGCGCGCUCAUCUCGUUGCACCAUUCCAGCAUUGUGCAUUCCAUCGCCAAGGAAAGCCACUGCGAGAAAACACCUCCCAGCCACAGGGCGUCAUGGGAAACCAUUUUCGAGUCCUGCGUUGCCAUGGACCGAAUCCUGCACCAUUUAAAGCACUCGCAUAUACUGGCGAUCUUUGCUUCGGAAGCAGUGAUGUCUAUGUUCUUGGUGGGGAAAGCUUUGGUCUACUUCAUGAAGGCAGACGACACUCGCGUGGUAGAAACGGCACACAAAAUUGCACACAACAUUCUAGACGUGCUCAAAAACUAUGUCAACAACUGGAACCUUGCUCAGAAGUUCUAUUAUGUGUUGAACAAACUGUUCCACGACAAAAACACCCAAGCAGAGCUGUUGAGUAACUAUACAUGCACCAUCAACAGCUCCAAUAUAGAUCUGAGCUCGAUAAGACUUGAAGAAAUGGACUCGGACGCAAGUGCAGAAAACUCUAUUUCGGAUUCAAGCUCGCAUGUUUCACAGGGAUCCAAGAAAAUAUCAAUAGCCUCUUUGAUGUCGGGCCCGUCCGACUUCAAGCGGGAAGACAAUCAACUGUGA